AUGGAACAAGUGGAAAAAGAUUACAGAUCUGGGAUUAGGAGGAUGGAGGCCUUAGGAUUUUCAGAUAUUGGAAAUCUAGCAAUGUGGUCUGUUUCUUCUUAUAAAAUUGGAUUUGGCGUCGAUGCAUUACGAGCAGAUGAUGCAUCGAAGCUGUGGCAAAGUGACGGACCACAGCCUCAUUAUGUUGAUAUCCAUUUUUCAAAAAAGGUUUCCAUUGUGAGAGUCAGUUUAUUUUUCUGCUUUGGAUUAGACGAAUCUUACACUCCAUCAAAAAUCCGGAUUCUUUCUGGAGAUGGAUAUCACACAUUACUCGAGGUAACAACAGUAGAUUUUGCAGAACCUUCCGGCUGGUCGCACAUUACUUUUGAUUCAGUAAGAUCAGACGGUAUCAUGAAAUCCUUUUUAAUAAGAGUGGAAGUUCUCACAAAUCAUCAAAAUGGAAAGGAUACCCGAAUACGAUCAAUAAAGGUUUUUUCACCAUCAAAACAAAACAUUGCACUUGAAGACCAAGAAAUUGGUUUUACAUCCGUAAAAAUGUUAUCAGAAUCAGUUAUUAGAUAG